AUGGGGGCUGCGGCGGUGCCACCGGGGGUCACCUGCCUGCUGCUGCUGGCCCUGCUUCCUGCGGCUGGUGGCCAGGGCACCCCUCCCUUGGGCUGUGGGAAGGAUCUCUCCUCCCUCUACUACAACCUCUGCAACCUCUCAGCAGCCUGGGGCAUCGUGCUGGAGGCCGUGGCCAGCCUCGGCAUAGUGACCAGCUUUGUGCUCACCAUCAUCCUGGUGGCCAGCCUGCCCUUCGUGCAGGACCCUCAGAAGAAGAGCCUGGUGGCCACGCAGGUCUUCUUUCUUCUGGGCACUUUUGGGCUCUUCUGCCUGACGUUCGACUUCAUCGUGGGGCCAGAUUUCUCCACCUGCACCUCCCGCCGCUUCCUCUUUGGCGUCCUCUUCAGCAUCUGCUUCUCCUGCCUCCUGGCACACGCCGUGGCCCUCAACUUCUUGGUGCGCAGGAACCGGGGCCCGCGGGGCUGGGUGACACUGGCAGUGGCCCUUCUCCUCACCUUGAUGGAGGUCAUCAUCAAUGCCGAGUGGCUCAUCAUCACAGUGGCACGGCAGGAGGGGGGGUGGCGCAAGCACGGAGCCUUCAUCCUGUCCACCACUGGCCUCUCCAUGGCCAUCUGGGUGGCGUGGAUGGCCAUGUACCUCUACGGCAACCGGCGCAUGGGUGAGAAGCCCAGCUGGGAUGACCCCACGCUGGCCAUCGCGCUGGUGUCCAACGCCUACGCCUUCCUCCUCCUCUACGUCAUCCCCGAGGUGACACACGUGACGCGGCGGAGCCCCGAGCAGGCCUUCGAGGACGAUGUCUACCCCACACGUGGGGUGGGCUAUGAGACAAUCCUCAAGGAGCAGAAGUCACAGAGUAUGUUUGUGGAGAACAAAGCCUUCUCCAUGGAUGAGCCCUCCUUCGCCAAGAAGCCAGUGUCCAAAGGCUACAACGGGCAACUGCUGACCAGUGUCUACCAGCCCACCGAGAUGGCUCUGAUGCAAAAGGGGCCGAGCGAAGGUCCCUACGACGUGAUCCUGCCCCGAGCCUCCACCAGCAGCCCGGGGACCGGUCAGACCCAAUAA